AUGGAGGACCUCAUGGUAAAUGGCUAUAAGAAUCUCCAUACUCCUGCACCUCCCUCAGAACCACCAUCAGAAGUGGUCCCUCCACCGCCUCCUCCACCAUCGGAUUUGUCCGCUCCUCCCCCUCCACCAGAGUCUUUUGAGCCACCACCACCUCCAGAUCAGACUGCUCCUCCACCUCCACCGCCUGAAGUCAUCGAAGAGGUUUCAGAGCCACCCGCGCCGUCGCCGAAUCCUGAGAUAAGGAAAAAGACGGGAUGGGGGUCGAAACCAAAGGCUGCGCCUUUGAGCGUGGAAGAGCUUCUGCGGAAGAAGCGAGAAGCGGAGGAGGCUGCCUCUAAGCCCAAGUUUCUAUCCAAAGCUCAACGAGAAAAGCUUGCCCUUGAGAAGAGGGCGAAAGAAGUUGAAGAAGCAAAAAGGGCAAAAGCCAUCGCUAUGAAUGAAGCUAAACAAGUCAAUGGUUUGGCGCGGCCUUUGCAGGAAAGUUCGAAUGGCACGAAGAGAGCCUUCCAGUCGUCGAUACCCACUGGCCCAAGAGCGCAGAGGCAGGGCGAUGUUCCGACCGGUCCGGCUGCAAUGCGAUCGAAAGAAGCGAAUAAAGGCUAUGACAUGGCUCCACCUGAAGCACCAAAGGCCAUUGCGUUUCGCGCGUCGGAUUCACGAUCGAACAAGAGAGCCUUUGACGAAGAUGCAAAGACGACGGCGGCACAAGCAGCAUUGAUCAAGCAAAGGUACAUGGGAGCUGAACAGAACACGUCUACGUUCUCAGCCAAGAAGAAGCGACGGCGUACCACAGAGAAGAAGUUCAAUUUUGAGUGGAAUGUCGAGGAGGACACGAGCCCUGAUUACAAUCCCUUGUACAAGAACAGAGCCGAGGCGAACUUCUUUGGCCGCGGUCGUCUAGCUGGCUUCGGCGAUGAGGCCGCAGAUGAGGUUGCAAAGAAAUAUGCUGCUGCAUUACAAGACCGAGACCAUGAAGCCGGAUCGGCACGGGCCAAAGAGAUUCUGGAAAUGGAAAGAAAGAGACGAGAGGAGGGCGGCAGGACUGCCAUCGACAAGCACUGGAGUGAAAAGAAGCUUGAACAUAUGCGGGAGAGAGACUGGCGCAUAUUCAAGGAGGAUUUCAACAUCAGCACGAAAGGUGGCGGCAUACCGAACCCAAUGCGCUCGUGGAAAGAGUCUGGCUUGCCGAAGCGCCUAUUAGACAUCAUCGAGGAGGUCGGGUACACUGAUCCGUCGCCUGUGCAGCGCGCUGCUAUUCCCAUCGCUCUUCAGUCACGAGAUUUGAUCGGUGUCGCCGUUACUGGUUCCGGAAAGACGGCCGCAUUUCUUCUUCCGCUUCUGGUCUAUAUCUCUGAACUACCACGAUUGGACGAAUUCGAGUGGAGAAGAAAUGAUGGUCCAUAUGCGAUUAUUCUUGCUCCAACUCGCGAGUUGGCUCAGCAGAUCGAGAUUGAGGCCCGAAAGUUUGCUGGGCCUCUUGAUUUCAAUGUCGUCAGUAUAGUGGGUGGACAUUCACUCGAAGAGCAAGCAUACAACCUACGAAACGGUGCGGAAAUCAUCAUUGCCACACCCGGUCGGCUUGUCGACUGUAUCGAGCGACGCAUUAUCGUCCUUAGCCAAUGUUGCUAUGUGAUCAUGGAUGAAGCAGAUAGGAUGAUCGACCUUGGCUUUGAGGAGCCGGUCAACAAGAUCUUGGAUGCUCUCCCUGUCGCAAAUGAAAAGCCGGACACAGAAGACGCGGAAGAUGCGAAGGUCAUGUCACAGCACAUUGGUGGGAAGGAUAGAUACAGACAAACAAUGAUGUACACAGCUACCAUGCCCUCGGCAGUGGAACGAAUCGCAAGAAAAUACCUACGAAGGCCAGCCAUUGUCACAAUUGGGAACGUGGGAGAAGCUGUCGACACGGUGGAACAGCGCGUUGAAUUCGUCUCUGGAGAGGAUAAGCGGAAGAAACGUCUUGCGGAAAUACUCGCAUCCCGCGAAUUUAGACCUCCUAUCAUUGUCUUCGUCAACAUCAAGCGCAACUGCGACGCGGUCGCGCGAGAUAUCAAGCAAAUGGGUUUCUCGUCGGUUACGUUACAUGGCAGCAAGACCCAAGAGCAGAGGGAAGCAGCAUUGCUCUCUGUCAGAAAUGGCUCCACCGACGUUUUGGUAGCCACAGAUCUUGCAGGUAGAGGUAUCGAUGUACCUGAUGUCAGCUUGGUCGUCAAUUUCAACAUGGCCACCAACAUCGAAUCAUAUACGCAUCGUGUCGGACGAACAGGUCGUGCUGGUAAGAGCGGUGUUGCAAUCACAUUCUUGGGCAACGAAGAUACCGAUGUCAUGUACGACUUGAAGCAGAUGUUGAUGAAAUCCGCCAUUUCCAGGGUGCCUGAAGAGCUUCGCAAGCACGAGGCUGCCCAGCAGAAGUCACAACGAGGUGGCGGCGGACAAAAGAAAGCUGAAGAGAGUACGGGCUUUGCAGGCAAAGGUGGUUCUUGGUGA